AUGUCAUGCUUGAUUUUCUGCCAUAACCAUGGUAAGCUUGUUGAUGGUCGUGCUAUGUGCGACGAUUGUCUGUUGUCAUACUCAUCAAUGCUUAAAGAAAAAUAUGAGAUGCAAAGGGUUGUGGUGGGUAACCUUGGGUUUGAUUUAGGCUCUAAUGGUCCCCCUAACUUGUUCACAAACAAGGAUCUCCUUCCUGGUUCAGUUGCCACCAAGUUAUGUUCAUGUUGCCGUAAGCCUUGGAGGUCAAGGCAGAGAACAGACAGAAUCUUGAGACUAAAAUCACCUAGAAGUGCUGCCAUCUGCAAGCCAAACAUUCCUUUACCACACCGUUUGACACAACAAGAGAGCUUGAGGAAGAUAAGAGAGAAGUUCUCUGGGUCUUUAACUCCUUGUCGACUCGGGAAUAUGGGAUUUGAUUCUUUAUCCCAUGUGGGCUACACAGAGCUCAAGUUCAAUUCUGACACUGAGUCUGAAUUUCAGUACUCUGAUGAUGAUGAGUACCAUAACUAUGGUCAAGAAGUGGAUGAGCCUCCUACGGAAGAAGAAGAAAAACCUACAACUCGUAGUGAUUCUGAUAAACAUGUUGACAAUGAGAUGGAUCAACAAUCAUGGGUACAAGAACUCAUGGCUCUUGUUGACUCUCCUUCGGGUUUAGCUGUUCUAAAAGAUCAUUUUGAGGCAUCAAAAGUUAAAGGUUUGAAUGAGAUUGGAACAAAAGAUGAAUUCAAAAAUAAGGAAAACGUUGUUGUGAAGCCAAUAGUUGAUGAUGAAACGAUAGGCACUCAAGUUGGUCAAGUUGCUUAUAAUGUGCCUUCUACAGAGGUAACUUCUUUGGAACAUAGUGAAACACCAAAGGCUAGGAUCACUAUCCAAGAAAAGGAAGCACCAAAGUUUAUGGUAGAAAACCUUGGAAAGAGUGAAAUUCACGAGGAUUUGAAGCCAUCCUCCUCCUCCAGAGAAAGUUUUGCAUCGUCAAACGUUAAUGUUUCUGACAUUCAUGAUAGUACGAAGGCCCCUGAACUAGUUUUCAAAGAGAAAAUUAAUGAUUCCACUCUAGAGUCCCUUGACACAGUCUUUAAUGUGAUUGAGGGUGAAAAUAUAGAUGACAGGUUAAAAAGACAAAUAGAGCAUGAUAAGAUCCUUAUAAGUACAUUGACCAAGGAAUUAGAUGAAGAGAGAAGUGCAUCUGCAAUUGCUGCAAACCAGGCAAUGGCGAUGAUCACAAGGUUGCAAGAGGAGAAAGCAGCACUGCACAUGGAAGCCUUGCAGUACCUACGAAUGAUGGAAGAGCAAGCUGAAUAUGAUGGCGAGGAGCUGGAGAAAACAAAUGAUCUCCUGGCUGAAAGGGAGAAGGAACUGCAAGAUUUAGAGGCAGAGUUAGAGUAUUUCAGGAUAAAAUAUGGAGACGAAGAUAUAGAGGAGAACAUGCCGAAUAUUGUAAUGUCUAGUAUGAGUAGGGAUGAUAACAUGGUAGGAGAGAAUACUACUAGCUCUAGCUAUGCAGAGCAUGAGGUUAGUGAGCACCACUCUGGCCCCAACUCUAGAGAGCUCCCAAAUGGAAGUGAGAAAGGAGACAUAUUCACAAAAUCUUCAUGGCCAGACAUUGAAGAUGAGAAGUCAUUCAUUUUCCAGCGGUUGAAGGGCUUAGAGAGGAAGCUGCAGAAAUUGUCUCAUAGUGCUGCUGCAUCACCGUACAUGUCUGACAAUGAGUAUUCUGAAGAAACAACAGAUAGAGGAGGAGUAGGUACAGGGGAAUUUCUUGUAGGUAAUGGAAGUCUCCUUCUACAUGAAGAGCCUGAUAGGAAAUCAGUUAGCAAAGGUAAAACUGUUGUUGACAGCCUGGUCAUGAAUGGACAAAGAACUUCCAAUCCACUCCAUGAAACUGAUUUGACCACACUUAAGAAUGAGAUUAGUGACCUAAACGAAAGGUUGGAAUCACUUGAAACUGAUUGGAGUUUCCUUGAGCAUACAUUCAACUCCCUUGAGAGUGGAAAGGAAGGGGUGCAGUUUGUUCAAGAAAUAGCGCAUCGACUUCAGGAUUUGCGCAAGAUUGGGAUGCAGAGUAGAAAUCAAUCUGUUCCUUGUUAAUGAGCAUUGAUCAUUAUUCAUUGCAAGGUAUGGAAAUAUUUCCAUAGAAUAUUUCAUACUACAGAAUGUCGUGAGAAACUACGAUAACAUGAUAUUCUUAACAAAUGACAAACUAAUAACAUGAUAUUCUCUUUGUUGUCCUACUAAUCGCCAACCACUAAGAAAAUUGGUGUUUAUGUUCAUGUAACCACUUACCUUUUUUCUUCUUGUUUUGAGACAACAUAUGGUGUAAUGGAGACAUCGAUACUAUCAUACAUACACUGAAGAGACAAAACAUAUUUGGAUUCCUUCUUUCUUUCC